UCGUGGCUGCACCGCGCUAUACCUUCUGCACUUGAAACGGGAAGGAGCGUGCGACUGGACGUCAGUGCGAUAAAGAGACGAAACGGGAAGUAUGUACGAGAUGCUCGGCUACGAGGAGUGUGCUUUGUGAUACGCGGCCGAUACGGUAUCGGUACUAUCGAGAACCGCCCCGCGAGUGAGUCGCGUUUGAAAGUACGUGCGCCUGCGGCCAGCUUCCGUCCGGUCGGCGGUAUAUCGCGACGAUGUGACGUUCACUUCACGUCGCACGCACGCAGAUAGGAUUCGGUGGUAUGGCACGGUAGGGCGGGUGUAUGUUAUCGCGUUUCGGGGGCGUUUCAUUAAAGAACGCGCGUUUACGGUACGUGUACGCUUCUCCCCACGGCUCCUCGCCUGAGAGGAGCGUCCGCGACCGCGUCGCGCGUUUAAUGGGGAGUUACGGGGCUUCGCCGAUCACGGCUUAACAUUAAUUUGCUCCUCCUCUCCCUCCCUCCCUCCUUCACAGAUCAGGAGGUGUGUGCGUUAUAUGUGUGUGCGCUGACUCGUCGAUAAACAUCGCACGCGCCGACGUCAUCACCAGGAAACGCGCGAUGCGUGUCCCGGCGCCGCGAGCACAACACCCAAAGGUCUCGUGAACGAUGUCCAGGUGUCAAUAAUUGACAUCCGCGUGGCGAACCCGGAGAGACGCGUUAACGGAAGCGCGUAGGUAGGUUGGGGCAGGAAGGUAUGGAGGGUGUCAACGGUCAGCUGCAGACCAAGUAUCAGAAAAUCGCCACGGAAUACUCAAAAAUUCGUGCGCAAGCAAAUGUUCUGAAGAAGGCUGUGAUAGAAGAACAAGCACGAAACACAGAUAUCCGGAAUCAAUUAAAGGAAAAGGAGGUGGAAUUUCGUAGGGCUGAGCAGGAGAUCGACAGUCUAACAUUUCGCAAUCAGCAGUUGAUGAAGCGUAUAACUGUACUACAGGAAGAGCUCGAUAAGGCACAAAACAAGCCCAAGAAGGGUAAGGGCAAAGCGUCGGAGAACAAUAGUCAGAUUCCAGCACCACCGCCACCGAAUAACAUCUUAGACGAGGAAUUUCAGAAGAAGAUUGUCGAGAAUGCUCAAUUAUUGUCUCAGAUUAGUGACAAGGAUAGCGAAAUUGAAAGUUUGUAUGAUAGGAUACAACAGUUGGAAUGUAAAGUCGAUUAUUGCGAGAAGUCUAAGGUAGAGUUAGAGUGCCAAUAUCAAAGCGCUAUAGACAAAUUAGAAAGAGAGAGAAAUGAUUUACAGAGAAAACUAAAUGAUAGACAGAAACAAGAGGAAACUGUGUCGUGGUCUAGUAACGAAGGUAGACGCGAUGGUUUCGAUUUUGAUACGAGAGGAAUACUCUCGAAUCAUCGUCAGACAGAACCAUCGCCGUUUUCUUCACCGUCUGCUUCGCGUAGAUCAUCGAAGUCACUUGGGGAAGGAAAGCCACAAAAGUCACAAGAAGAAAGUAAUGAAUUCCUUUAUGCGAAAUCAUGUGACUUGGAGAAGGAAAUCAAUCAUUGGAAGGCUCAGUAUCAUAUACUCAAAAUAAAAUAUGAUGAAUUAGAACAAAGAGAGGCUGCAGCAACUCCGCAAAUUAAUAACGACACAUUAAAAUCUACGGAAAUAAAUAAUAUGAUUGGAAAAUUGAAUGCACCUUUCGCCAUACCAGACGAAAUCGAAGCUCGUGAAUUAAAAAUUAGGGAUUAUUUCCUAGAAGAAAUUGAAAGAUUAACAAACGAAAAACAUGUUUAUCAUAUUAAAAACUUAGCUAUGGCCGCUAAUAGCGAAGUUAUGCACGCGCAGUUAGAUACAAGCGAGUCAAAGAGAGAGAAGUGCGAAGCGACACUGUUAGAGACACUUUCCAAUUGUAACAGUAUACAAAAAGAGAAGGAUGUGCAGGAGAUAAAUUACAAGAUACAGCUCAAUACUAUGAGCGAACAUCUUGCCAAUAUGAAUGAGAAACUUAUCUUCCAAACAGAGGAGAUACAACAACUGAAAUUUGAACUAGCUAAUAAGAAUAGUAAAAAGGGGAAACAGAAGUGAUCCAGGUCAGAAUUGCAAAGAACAAUCAUUGACAUUCCAUUCAGUGGUAUGGUUUAAUCGGGAUCAUUGAUAAAUUUUAUGUAUAUAUUUAGCUCAUAUGUGAAAACCACUGAUUUUGCGCAUACUCGUGUCUUUAGCCUAAAAAGUGCUAAAGAGCUCUCUAACUCGAUGUUACAUUAUUUAUGAAAUCAAAAUAAACUCAUCGAAACGUUCUUUUUAUGAACGUUGUUUAUGUUAUAAGUUUAACUCUUCUAAUAUUGUAUAUGUGCAACGAUUAUUCUUAUUUGCUCAUACUUAUUUACAGCAAUAUACCAACACUUCGUACAGGAUAAAUUUUACAAUCUAAAUUUGUUAAUAAAAAGAUACAUAAAUCCUUUUUGGUAUCACUUGUACAAUUGUAGUUAGACCAUUUAUAGUUAAAUUGACAUCUACGAUUGUAAAUUAUAUAAACUGUUCUUUCUAUAUUAAAAGAAAUGUAAGAGAUAUGUACAGCUACUGUUUAUAGUAGAUGUUGUGAUAAAAUUAAUGUAUAUUCGCCAAAGCAAUUGUAUGUAUUGCCUUGCGCGUAUUAAUUAUAAAUAAAGUAUAAUUAAUCUUC